AGACCGCAAACGUCAUCGCGCACCCUUUCGCGACACUGUCAUAAACGCGACCGACUGCGUGGUGAAAUUUCGUCACCAGGAAAAGUGCAUAAAAAGCCGCAAAUCGGUGCAGAAAGUGUGCAAAAUAUAGUUCAAUCCCGAGACCAGUGCCCGCUGCCACGAAUGUCAACAUGUCCCGGUAUAUGCAACGUCCGGAAAAUGCCCUAAAACGGGCCAAUGAAUUCAUCGAAGUGGGCAAACCGGCCCGGGCCCUGGAUACCCUCCAGGAGGUGUUCCGCAUCAAGAAAUGGACCUACACCUGGUCCGAGUCGGUGAUCGAGCCGAUCAUGUUCAAGUACCUGGACCUGUGCGUGGAGCUGAAGAAGUCCCACAUCGCCAAGGAGGGCCUGUUCCAGUACCGGAACAUGUUCCAGCUGGUCAACGUCGGCUCGCUGGAGAACGUCAUCCGGGGCUACCUGAAGAUGGCCGAGGAUCGCACGGAAGCCGCCCAGCAGCAAUCGUCCCAGGCCAUUUUGGACAUUGACGAUCUGGACAAUUUGGCUACGCCGGAAUCCAUUCUGAUGAGUGCCGUGUGCGGAGAGGACGCUCAGGAUCGGUCCGAUCGGACCAUUCUGCUGCCGUGGGUCAAGUUCCUGUGGGAAAGCUACUGCCAGUGCUUGGAGCUGCUGAAGGUCAAUUCCCAUUGCGAGAAUCUGUACCACGACAUUGCCAAGAUGGCCUUCGGAUUCUGCUUGAAGUACAACCGGAAGAUGGAGUUCCGUAAGUUGUGCGAGAAGCUGAGGAAACAUCUGGAGGACAUCAGCAAGGUGAGCUCGCAGACGGCCAACGUGAGCAUUUCGAAGCCGGAGACGCAACAGUUGAACCUGGACACGCGUCUAAACCAGCUGGAUUGUGCCAUUCAGAUGGAACUGUGGUUGGAGGCGUACAAGGCCAUUGAGGACAUCCAUGGACUAAUGACGCUCUCGAAGAAGACUCCGAUGCCGAAGACGAUGGCCUUGUACUAUCAGAAGUUGGCCAUGGUGUUCUGGAAGGCCGGAAAUCAGCUGUUCCACGCUGCUGCUCUGUUGAAGCUAUUCCAGCUGUCCCGUGACAUGAAGAAGAAUGUCACCCAAGAGGAGAUCCAGCGGAUGACUUCCCACGUGUUGAUUGCCACCUUGGCGAUCCCACUCCCAUCGGCUCAUCCGGAAUUCGAUCGAUUCAUCGAAACUGACAAGAGCCCAUUGGAAAAGGCUCAGAAGCUUGCAGUCCUUCUAGGGUUGCAGCAGCCACCUACCCGUGCUUCCCUGUUGAAGGACGUUCUCCGCUUGAAUGUACUCCAGCUGGCCGCUCCUCAGUUCCAGAACCUGUACAAGUGGCUGGAGGUCGAGUUUGAUCCUCUGAAUCUCUGUGAACGUGUCCAGGGAAUCAUCGAAGAGAUCACCGUCGAUGAGAACAAUCCCUAUGCCCAGUACACUCAGGCCUUGCAGGAUGUCACCCUGGUUCGCUUGGUUCGUCAGGUCUCACAAGUCUACCAGUCGAUCGAGUUCUCCCGUUUCCUGGCCCUGGCCAAAUUCUCCAACAGCUUCUAUCUGGAGCGCAUCUUGGUCGAUUGCGUCCGUCACAAUGACAUGCAAAUAACGAUCGAUCACCGCAACCGCUGCGUCCACUUCGGAACUGAUCUUAGCGAGAGCCAGCGUGAGGAUCACCCUGACGGUCCAACCCUUCAGUCGAUGCCCUCGGAGCAGGUCCGUUCCCAGUUGGUCAACAUGUCCGUCGUGUUACACCGGGCGAUCGCCACGAUCAACCCCAACCGGCACAAGGCCGAACGUGAUCGUCUCCGAGCCCAGAUGGUCAAGAGCUACGAGGAGAACAUGGUUAAGGAACACCAGCGCAUCCUCCAACGCCAGAAGAAAAUUGAAGAUCGCAAGGAAUACAUCGAGCGGGUAAACCUAGAGCGCGAGGAAGAGGAACUUCGCCAACAGGAGGAAGUCGCUCGCCAGCACAAACUCGCGGAAAUGCGUCGCCUGGAGCAGGAGAACGAAGAACGUGAGCGUAAACGUCACGAGAAUGAACUUCAGAUGAUCAAGGAACGCAACAUGAAGGACAAGAUCGAUCAAUUCAAGCAAACGGCAGCCGGCCAGAAGAUCCUCAAGAAGUUCGACGAAGAGGACAUCAAAAAGAUGAAUGCUGAUGAGAUCGCAGCUAAGGAAGCCGAGGAACGUCUCAAGGAACGCAAGGCCCACGAUAACAACCUGAAGUCGCAGGAGAAGAAGAUCGACUACUUCGAACGGGCCAAGCGCCUGGAGGAAAUCCCGUUGAUCGAGAAAUACCUCGAAGACAAGCUGGUCCAGGACAGACAAUUCUGGGAGAAACAGGAAGCAUCCCGCAUCGAACAGGCGAUCGCCGAGCGCAAGAACGCCGAAGCAAUCCAGGAGCGCCUGAAGCGUAUGCAACCCGAUCGGGAAGUCUUCUGGCAGAAGCUGAAGGGAGAACGCAGCAACCAGUUUGCCGAAAAGCUGAAGGCCUUCAAUGUAGCCCUGGAGGAAGAGCGCAAGCGACGUCUAACCGAACGUGUGUACCAGCGACGCGAGGAACGUCGCCAGAAGUGGCUCCGCGAGAAGGAGGAAGAACGUCGCCGUAUCGAGGAGGAACUUCGCAAGCAAAAGGAAGAGGAAGAUCGCAUCGAGCGUGAGAGGCGUGCAGAGGAACGACGCAUCGAGGAUGAGAAGGCUCGCUUGAUCGCGGAAAAGCAGCGUGCCCGCGAGGAAGAGGUCGAGAAGAAGAACAAAGAGAGAGAUGCCGCUCUUCGAGCCGCCAAUCGCGAUCGCGAGCGUGAACGCGAUCGUGAUCGUGAGGCAGAUUCCUGGAGAGAUCGUCGUGGAGGUGAUGCUCCCUCAGCGGCCGCUCAAGCUCAACCCGCAGCAGGAGCACAGGAACCCAAGCAAGAGUCGGCCUGGAGAACGGCUGGACCGAGGGAACCCAGAGGAGGUGACGAUGCGCCCAAGAAGGAAGGCGUCUACCAACCGCGCUUCAGGGAUGUUCGUGGUGGUGCCGGAGCCGGCCCCGGAGGAGAGCGACGUGCUGGAGGCGACCAGGACCAGGAAACGAGCAAAUGGCGUCGUGGAGGUGAUCGCCAGGACGACGAAGGCAAGGACGAUCGCGAUGCAAACCGGCGGAUGGGCGGAGAUCGACCACCAAUGCGCCGCAUGGGAGAUGAUGAUCGUGGACCAAUGCGUCGCGGAGAUCGACCUCCGAUGCGCGACGGUGAACGCGGUGCUGGUAUGAUGCGCAGGGAUGGUGGUGAUCGUGACCGUGAUCGCGGUGAACGUCGGGACUUUGGUGGACGGGACAACCGUGACCGUCGUGACGAUCGCGGUGGGCCACGUCGUGAUGAUCGCGGAGGUGAUCGCGGUGGCGACCGGGACAACAUCUGGCGUCGGGCAGCACCCCGUGGAAGCGAAGAAGGUGGAAACUGGCGAAACGCACCCCGACAACAGGAUCAGGCCGCCAAACCGAAGGACGAUCGGCGCGAGGAGCGACCAAAGGAGGCCCGCAACACUGGCCCAGAUGAGGACGGCUGGACUGACGUGAAGCACCACCGUUAAACACACGGUGUCCAGCAAUGGGAACAUUUAUGAAAAAUAUAUGCAACUUUUUUCAAAAUAUUUUUAGCUGUAUCUUAUGUUUGUUCUUUUUUUUUAUAGACAGUUCAUUUUUAAGACAUUUUUGCUACAUAUUAUAGGCUGCAUCAAAGUAGGCGAAAUGGUAUCCAGUUCCAACUAUUCACCUGAUUUUGAUACGUUUUUUUUGUUCGAAACAAGGAGCCAUUGCCUACGCAAUUGCAAACACGCUAAACUUGGGGGUCCUAUGCAAGACGGGGGCAAAUUAGAAAACGCAGAGUGACUACAACAUAACUCAAAUAUUAUACACAAAACAUACAAGCAUACGUUAACUAAUGAGAAACUAGCAACUAAGAUAUUCAAUUGAUCGAUAAACACCCUAAAAAGGAAAUUAGCAUGAUGAAACAAUUUGGGACGGAGAAGGCUUGCCUUACGAGAGAGAAGAGGUCCGAGGACAUUGAACACAUUGAAAGCUCUAAAUUCUAUCUGAACCAGUUCUAUUAAAAAUCAUAUUAUUAUCUUCCUACUAUGUAAUCGUAAUCAAAA